AUGAACGCUCCUCCACGCCAUCUGCCACCACCCAUUGCCAUUGCGCAACAGGCAGGUCGGCUGGCACCUCUGUCCUUUCUCGGCUCCCCAGAUCACCACACGCGAACCCAGCAUCCUCCGCCACCGCCGCCGUCUAUUCUGCGUAGUCCUGGCCACGAAAGGCUCCCCAGCAGCAACCACGCCCAUUCUACCACCUCGCCUCCCACUCGUCACCAUUCAUCUCUGCAUCACCACAGUGCCUCUUACCAUGGCCAUGCGCCGCCUCCAAUGCAGUCUCCGCACGACAUGCGCGAUUACUCCGACGAGAGGAGGGACUACCAUGAUGAUAGAAGGGAAUUCCAUGACGAGACUGAGAAUUUCACCGGCGAUGGCCCUCCCAAGAAGAAGCAGAAGCGCAACAAACCUACACUGUCCUGCCACGAAUGCGUAGAACGGAAGACCAAGUGUGACCGCGGUCGCCCUCAUUGCCUGGCUUGCAUCAAGAGACAAACCGAAUGCAGGUAUGCCCAUGUUGCCAACUUGCUAGAGGAAACCACUCGAUCUGCCUCUACUGGUCGACGCAUGACCAAGGCGCCCAAAAAGAAGGCGGGCACCGACGGCAGGACCAAUAUCCCCAACAUUGCAGACCGAUACGCUGCUACUGGCGAUAGUACUUCGCGUGGCGCUUUGGCGCUUUCUACUGGACUGAUGUCGAAUGUUCCGUAUUCCAAGUCAUCCUCGAGUAAUGUUUUCGGGAUUGGCUCCGAACAUCCCUUCGCCAAUUACUGGACUUGUGAAGGCGGCCUGAAGGAGGUCAUUUCUGUGCUUCCCGAAAAGCAGCAGGCUGACCUUCUCAUAAAUCGCUACUUCGAAUGCGUUGACCCCGUCUAUCCAAUGAUCCAUCGCCUUACGUUCUACGCCGACUACGAGGAAUUCUGGCGCAUGAAUGACCAGCAAAAGCAAGAGAUGGACGCCGCAUACAUUGCGCAGAUCUUUGUCAUGAUUGCUCUGGGAACCCAAUUCGUCACAGCUACGAGUGCGAAAGAGCGCAAACAGCAGGCCGAGUUUUACGCAUCCGCCAGCAACCAGGCUCUGCGCAUGUCGUCGUAUCUCAGCAUUGCUUCUCUACGCUCCAUCCAGGCCAUGGUGUUGAUGACGUACUUUCUCAUCAACGACAACCACGCAUCGGAUGGCUGGGCUUUCGCGGGUAUUCUUAUCCGUCAAGCAUAUGCCAUGGGCCUGCACCGCGACCCAAACAUUGUUACCCCUGACGCAAGUCCCUUUGAAAAACAACAACGGCGCAAAGUAUGGCAAGCCGUUUUGCUUCAAGACACCUUCUUGACCGUACUCCUCUCCUUACCUCCUUCGGCGACGCAUACGGAUGUUUCGGUGGACGACCUCGGCGACCAUGGAAGUUCGAUUGCGAGCAGCGACCCGACUGAUACUGCCUACAUUAGGGGCUCGUGGACAUUGGCCAACCUGGUGCAGGAAACAAUUUGCUCGCCACGCUCUCUCGAUCUCCCAAUUUGCAGCACUGGCCGUCAUAAGUCUAAAUUGGUGGCCGACUUCCGUGCCGUGUACCGGUCGUUUCCCGACGUUUUCCGGUCUUGGGACGCCGACAGUCUGACUGUCAUGGCACAGACCAACAAGCGAGUUGUGCGGCAGACACUGUUCCUGACGAGUAACUACUUUCACAACCUGAUGUUGGUGCAUGCAUCCGAGAGUCCCGAUGUGCCGGUGAACAUUCGUGGUACGCUCGAGGCGGCCCACGAUGCGAUCAGCGCAUUCUUCAUGCUUUUUUCGCUACUUGAAUCUGAGGCUCGUGUGUGGUGGGUGUUUAACCACCGGGCCUUUCUCGAAGCCGUCUGCAUUGGCAACGUGCUGCGCGAGGCGCUCCGCGAACCUGAUGGCAAGGAGACGCUUGCGAGAGAUCCGCUCUUCGUGAGGGCCAGGGCUGAUAUCACGCGCAUGAUCGAGAUUCUGCAGCUCAUGAUGGAGGACUCGGAGGUGGCCCACACCCGUAUCGAAGUUCUUAGCAGCUAUCUGGCACUUGAAUGA